AUGGCCAGUUCACUACCCCACGAAUUAAUAGAAUGCAUCCUCGACAACCUCCAUCAUGAAAAAGCUACACUCAUCAACUGUGCCCUGAUUGGAAAAGCCUGGGCUCUUUCUGCUCAGCGUGGCAUAUUCCAACGUAUCGUCCUUCAACUACCCAAUCAGUAUCAUGAAGAUUUCGAAGAGCUUGCGACCGCUUACACCGCGCGGAAUGAGCAGCUUUUAGAACUGUUCAAUCGCAAUCCGUAUCUGACAUCUUGCGUCCGAACUCUCGAGCUGAAACAAUUUUCGCAUGACUCAAGAAGGGUGUCUCAUUCCAGCAACAGAAUGACAUAUGCUUCGACAACCAGAGUUGUAGAACAAUUCAGCAAUGUGAAGAAACUCACGUUGGCCAGAUGCGAUUGGGAGACACUUACUCCUGAACUGAAAACAGCGGUAACGGACAUCUUCAAAACAUCUUCGUUGACCGCAGUCUCCCUUUCACACUUCUCUAUCUCGAGUUUCAACCAACUGGCUUUUCUCUUAAGCCAGGUGUCAUGUUUAAGUGUGCUUAAAAUCGACUUUUUGUACUACCACAACGGAGACGCACCGACACCUAUUGCGAAUUGUCCACCUCGGUCCAUACAACUGGAUCAGCGACUGCACUUUCGUUUUGUUAAUAUGCGUACCUUCAUAACAUGGUUCCAGCAAGACACAUGUCCACUAGAAAUCCGAAAUCUGCAAACGUUGCAUAUCCAUAUUCGUCAUGCUACGGCUCCUGAUUAUGAGGACACUGCUUUCCUGCUACAGUAUAUCGGUGGUAACCUCCAGGAGUUGGAAUUGCAGGUACCACCUUGGAAUCCUCACUCUACCCUUGUUCAUCUUGGAUAUACGCCCAACCUGCGCAGUGUUACACUGCUCAGAAUACAGCAGACAGAGCUCUACUCUCCCGUUCCCUGGAUAUCAUUCCUUCUUGAAUCAAUCCAAAACUCCGACGAUUGUAAAAGUAUUUCUCUGCGACACCUCACUAUUCAGCUUGAUCUCGAGUACGCUGAUGAAGUAAUGAUUCAGCGUUGGGACCGAUGGGGUGCGGUAGACACGCUACUGGCUGGACCUAUAUUUGCAUCUCUCCAGACGGUCAAAUUUGAGCUGCUGGGCGUAUCAAGUUUGGCUUCAAGCGCUGUCGAGGUUAUACUCAGCGUGAACCUACCAUUCUUGCAGAGUUCCAACAAACUUCAGGUUCAGAUUCCGGGUGCAGGGGAAGCGGAUAUCAAGAGUCUCGGUUACAUAUAA